GAGCACAGGUCACCUACUCCUGUGACACCCACCUGGUUCUGGUGGGAGAGCCUGUCACUACCUGCUCUCUCCCUUCUCUAACAUGGCUGCCUAGUAGUGAUGAUGUCAUAUCAAACCAACACUGAUUCAAGUGAAAAACUUAGCACAGCAGAAGCAGUGGCCACAGCAGGAGUAGUGUGUGGUGUGUGUUGCUUCACUGCUGGACUGCUACUUGGUAUUCUACUGACUCUGUGUCAUGGUCACUGUCAUAGGAAGGGGAAGAGAGGCCAGACUGAGAUACCUCCUGUUUAUGAGGACAUUCCCUUAGAGGAGACACUUCCCAUUGAACUGAACGCCAAUGAGGCUUAU